UAGAAGAUCGAAGCAGGCUCGGGUUGGCAACUGGCGACCGGAGAAGUAUGGGAGACAGGCAGAGCCGACGCACCGACUUCCCGACACCCGAUCCCCACUCCGCGGACGGUGUCGUCACGCCGAACGUGAUGGUGCACCACACGAGCACCUCUUCCGAUACGCCUAGCGUCGCCAUCAUGGUCCCAGACGACGGGAGCCGAUUCAGCACGGGAUGGUUGCCUCCCCCGCUGACGCCCGACGUCGAGGCGUCCGUGUCGCGCGGUGUACUGCAGCUGGGCAUCGACCUGCUGCGGGAGCUGCGGCGCUCCGAACCUGGCGAGGCCAACGUGGUCCUGUCCCCGUACGCGGCCGCGAGCGCGCUCGAAGAGCUCCUGGUCGGAUCCCGCGGAAUGACGGCCGCCCAGAUUUCAGCGGCGCUGUACAUACCGCCAGGACAGAGGGUGAGCUACUACUUCGAGAACUGUGACCGCGAAAUGCCGAACCGGCGUCGAAGCGACAUAACGCGACGCUUUGACAUGGGCUACCUGAACAACGUGCACCACGAACAGACAUUGGCCACCAUCGACCCGGACACGCAGGCGAGCGAGGUUCUGCGUCUGGAGCGCUUCAGUUGGGACUUCGCCAAGGCUCCCGAGGAGAGUCGCCAGGGCAUCGACCACUACGCUCGCCUCUACUCGAACGCCUUCGAGCCCGCCGAGAUUCUGCCCCAGGGCUGCAUCAAGCGGUCCUCUCUGGUGUGCAUGGUGAGCGUGGUGGAGUUCCGAGGCUCGUGGAAGCAGGCGUUCGACGACCGCACCGCCACGCGAGAAACAUUCUACGAGUCGGACGGCAGCUUCACGCCCGUAGUGAUGGUGCACCAGACGGGGCGAUUUCGGCUCGCCAAGUGCACCGAACUGCGUGCCACGGCCAUCGAGCUGCCUUACGAACUACCCGGGAAUCGCCAGGGAACCGAGCCGAGCCGAUCCAGCGUAAGCACGCCCAGAAGCGGUAUUGUCACGCCAGCCUGUGUGGAUGCAUACGUGGGCCCGGAGUUCUCACUGGUGGUGCUUCUACCUGAGGAGAAGAACGGCCUUGAGCUGUUGGAAUCAAAGCUGAGUGCGUUUACUGCAAUGACCUGUUUUGACCAACUCAGAGCCCAGCAAGAAGUUAGAGUGAGCCUGCCACUCUUCAAGGUCAAACAGGUGACAGAUAUGAUACCGUUACUCGGCGCUAUCGGCGUCCGUCACGUGUUCACAGAGGACGCCGAGCUGUGGGGAUCAACGACAGGCGAGAAGCGGGUGACGCUGAUGCAGCAUGCAGCCGCUUUCGAGACGGCCCAGACCGGAGGCCGGCCCCUGCCGCGCACCAAACCUGCGGGUCUCCUGCGCGGACUGGUGCACGGCUUCCGCACCUUGGUGAAGGUCCCGCGCCAGCGCGCACAGUUCACCGUCGACCGGCCCUUCGCGUUCUUUGUAACGUGCGCCCACCCGCAGGCACUCAUGCUGCUGGGUUCCGUGCGUCGCAUCUCCUCAUGACGUCACGAAGAAUUGAACUGCCCUUUUGCUCGCAGCCUGAUUGUCAUGGACGCAUCAAUUCGCUCGUUUAUGCUGAACGUAAUUACGCAUGGCGAACUUUCCAGGUAAAAUAGAGGCUUCGCCGUGAUGCUACUCAAACGUGAUCCUUCAUGUGUGACUCUACUAUAUUUCUCCACAGUUCAACGCACGCAAAAAGUAAGCCCGCCGUUGAAACCCGAGCUGCAGUCUGACAGAGUGUUAAAACAACAUUGCAGCCAUUAAAAAAAGGGUGCAAGCCAACGCACAUUACAUUUGCUGCAGCGCAGCCACGACGACACCGACAUGGAGAGCACGUUGGCCGAUACACAGCACCUCUAACAACAUGAUCUGACUGCUAUACAGCCCGAUAGUAAAUUCCACUGCAUGCGAAAAAAAGCAUUAGAACAAUGAUUUGAUUACACCAAGUUUGUUGUAUGCUGCAUUCCGCUCCCAUGUGCAGAAAAACUGCAUUGGUCAAAGCAGUAAACGCAUAAAUGAUAGGUUGCCGCAUUAAAAUAACUAAGGGAAGGGUGUGGCGUCUGGCGGUUUCCAUCCCCCAUGCACUUCCCGAGAUACAACUGCAAUCCUACCUUAAUUGAGUAGUUAUAAGCAGAAGCCAGAGCGAAGUGACGGGCUCGUAUCAGGAAGCUAUAUGCAUAGCGCCAUUUCAUAACGCACGCGUGAACAAACACUCGACAAUAUUAUCAGAGACCUCCAGUAGCUUCACACGCCAUAAACAAAAUAACUUGUUGCAAUCAGCGCGGCCUCAAAGAUCUCUGAUUGAGAUGUAUCUAAAGCGAACGUUUCUUCACGAAGCCUCCCGUACUAUCCUUACCACUGCUGCAGCCCAGAUGAGUCUUGUUGCUGUUGUGUUACCCAAUACCUCACACGCAGAGCAGGCUAGCACCUUUACUGCCCUCAUAGGUGCCCAAGCUGCUGGCUUUAUUUUCUACAGAACUACGCAGCGACAAAACAAAUGGCGCCUAAAUAUUUUAUUACACCAAACACACGUCAUCAAGAACACAAUUCCUUUAUUAAGGCAAACGUUCCUAGCAUUCCUAUAUUUGCUUUCUUAACCAUUAGGUCAUAAUCGCGCGAAUGCUCAUUUACUCGGUGGCGUACCAACUAUCGUGUUGAGGGAGGCGUUAACACGUCUCCUUUCUUUCUC